CGAAGGCGGCUUCAUGUGCAUCUGCAAGAUGGGCUACAAUGGAAAUGGAGUCAACUGUGCCGACAUUGAUGAAUGCAGCAAUUCCCUGAGCCAAUGCCCUAAAGAGGCCACCUGCGUCAACAGUCCGGGAAGUUACACCUGCAUGUGCAAAGCUGGCUACUCUGGCAAUGGAUCUGAAUGCCACGACAUUGACGAGUGCCAGUCCAGCAAUGGUGGGUGCCACGUCAACGCAAACUGCCUAAACUCUGCUGGCAGCAGGAUGUGUAAGUGCCUACCUGGCUUCACGGGCAAUGGUUUCAAUUGCACAGAUAUUAACGAGUGCUCCACCCGGGGGAUCUGUCACUGGGAUGCCAUUUGUACCAACACUCCAGGCUCAUAUUCAUGCAGCUGCAAGCCAGGCUUCAAGGGCAAUGGCAACUACUUGUGUCUGGAUAUUGAUGAGUGCUCAGAUACCCCUGGCCUGUGCCCCACCAACUUUGGACAUCAAGGAUGCAAAAAUAUGCCUGGCUCUUAUGAAUGCCUUUGUGUCAAGGAGUACCAGGCCAAUGGAAACAUCUGCAGUGACAUUGAUGAGUGCUCCACUAACUUUUGCAGCCCCUUUGCAAACUGCGUCAAUCUUCCUGGUUCUUACUCCUGCACAUGCAAAACUGGCUUUAUUGGCAACGGAUUAACCUGCGUGGACAUCAAUGAGUGCACUGGCACCAACAACUGCCAUCCCAAUUCCACAUGUGUCAACUUUCUAGGCAGUUUCAGCUGUACUUGUAAUACUGGCUUCACGGGCAGUGGGCUAACCUGCACAGAUAUUAACGAGUGUACCCGGCCAGGCCUCUGCCCUGCCAGUUCCACCUGUUUCAACACACAAGGAUCUUAUCUCUGCCAGUGCACUCAGGGGUUUAACUUCACUGGUGUCAAGUGUGAAGACAUCAAUGAGUGUGCCCAGAAACAGUGCAGCCCGCAAGCUUCCUGUCUCAAUCUGCCUGGCUCCUUCAUAUGCACCUGCAACCUGGGCUACGUGGGCGAUGGCCUCACCUGUGAUGACAUUAAUGAGUGCACUUUUAAGGAGCGGCUGUGCCACCUGAACGCAGUCUGCUCUAACCAACCUGGCUCCUACUCAUGCAGUUGCCAAGUGGGCUACUCUGGAGAUGGUACUUCACAGUGCGUUGACAUAAAUAAAUGUGCAGCAGGAAAUGGGAGCUGUGGCACAAAUGCCAUGUGCGUGAAUACUGCCGGGUCCUUCUUCUGCCAGUGCACCAGUGGCUACCAGCUGAUUAAUAACACCCUCUGUGUCGAUGUGGAUGAAUGCCAGAAAGGUGCUUCCAUCUGCCAGGCUAACGAGGAAUGCAUGAACACGCCUGGAUCUUACCAGUGCAAGUGCAAACCUGGCUAUGCCAAACAAAAUGGAGUCACAUGUAUAGAUGUUGACGAGUGCCAGGGCAAACCGUGUGAUGCCCUUGCAUCUUGCUUUAAUACCUUUGGGUCUUUCGUUUGCACGUGUAAAGCCGGCUCUACAGGAAAUGGCUUGAAGUGCACUGAUAUUGAUGAAUGCAGCCAGUCUAGUGCUUGCCACUCUCAUGCCUCCUGCACCAACCUGCCAGGGAACUUCUCAUGUCAAUGCGCUGAAGGGUUCGACGGGAACGGCUUCUCCUGUGCAGAUAAAAAUGAGUGCACUCUAAGGAAUGACACCUGCCCUCUGGGUACUGUCUGCCUAAAUUCUGCUGGAUCCUAUGCAUGCUCAUGUUUAAAUGGCACUCUGGCACUCAACGGGAGC